CCCGCCCCCUUUGGGGGUUCACCGAGGUUGGGGGAGGGAUGGGGCCUGGCUCAAGGCGGAGAAGGGGGUUGCAGUCUAGGGUCUGCGGGACGCCUGGGAGUGUGCGGCCGGGGCCCUCUCUCUGCAAAUGGGUCUCCCAAGCCCCUGCCCCCCAGCCCCUGCCUCCCAAUUGCCCUGUUCCUCUCCAAACGAGGCCCCCAUACUCUUCUCCCUGUAUUGACCUUUCCAUUCUAGAAGCAGAGACUCCAAGAUCUUUUUCCAAUCUCCGGUGGGGAAACUGAGGCUCAUAAAGGGCACAAGAGCAUAAAUCAAGCAAGGAGCAAAGCUGGGACUUGAACCCAAGGCUGUGUGAUUCCAAACCCUGGGAACCAUUAUUUGCUAACCUCCCCCACCCACACCCCCUGCCCCCCCCCCCUUUUUUUUUGGUAGGGACGAGGUCUCGCUAUCUUGCCCAGACUGGUCUCGAACUCUGGGCAUCAAGCAAUCCUCUCGUCUACGGCCUCCCAAAGGGCUGAGAUCACUAGCGUGAGCCAUCGUGACGGGCUUCUCUAAAGCUUUCAAGGAAAGUCUUGGAGCUGUGGGUAAUUAGAGAGUUUGAAUUUCAUAAUCAGCCGAUUUAACCCAUGGCUGCCAUGGUUCUGAGGAGGGCUGAUAGCAAGAGGCAGGCAUCCCAGCUCUGUGGUACCGGCGGGGCCAUGGUAGGCCCUCAGGAGAGCUCAGGUCUCAAAUCCAGCCUCUGUCCUUUGCUGAUGUGUGACCUUGGGCAAGUUACUUCACUUUCCUGAGCCUCCGUUUAUUUCUCUACGAAAUUAAUCCUCUCAUAAGUUUGCUACGCAGGUAAAGCACUCAUCAUAGUGUCGUGCAUAUAACAAAUGCUCCAUAUAUUAUGGGCAUUAUUAUAGUGGUGAUGUUUUGCUAAACGAUGCUACAGGUAGGAUGGGCUUCGGAGGACGAGGGGUUAAAUGCUCCUUGCUGCUUGGCCACUCACAUCCCCUGGAAUUUGCUGCCAGAGCUGGAUUCCGUCCAGACACCUACUCUUGCCCACUAAGGGCACUUCUGGGAGACUAUACAGUUUAUUCAUUUAGCAAACACCUCUCUGCAUGAACCCCAAGCUGGCACUUGUAGGGAUACAGCCCCAGGCCCCUGGCCCUUGAGGAGCCCUUGAACUUGGGGGAGAGUCAAGGGAAGGCAGUUGGGCCAGAAGAAUGGACAGCGGUUGAGAGAAGACGACUUUUUUUUUGAGAAAGGAUCUCACUCCGUUGCCCAGGCUGCAGUGCAUUGGCGCUAUCAUUGCUCACUACAGCCUGGAUCUCCUGGGUUCAGGGAAUCCUCCCACCUCACCUUCAAGUACUUGAGACUAUAGGUGGUUGCUACCAUGUCCCCAGGCUGGUCUCAAACUCCUGGCCCCAAGGGAUCCUCCCUCCUCAGCCUCCCAAAAUGCUGGAAUUACAGGCAUGAGCCACACCUCACUCAGCCCUUGGAGGAGAGGAAAGGAUUUUUAAAGGGCGGAUAGGGGAACACCAGGCAGAGAGGAGGGUGUGGCUGAAAUGUAAGAUGGUGUGUGUAGAGGGUUUUGCAUGCCUGAUGGAAGGGCUGAGCAGGUUUUACCUGGGGAAAUGGGGAGCCAAGGAUAGUGUGCGAGUAGGGGAGGGGUUCAGAUCUGAGUAUCAGAAAAUUUUUCUUCCUUUUUUUUUUUUUUUUGGUUCUAACAACAGAGGAGAAUUCUUCUAGGGCCCAAAAUGGGGGCAAGAUUGCCAAAGACAAGCUUGCAAUCCAUGAGUUUACAGAUUGAGAAAGCCCAGAGUGGCGCAGGCACCACCCCAAGGACACGCAGCGAGCUUGAACUCAGGCCUCCUCGGCUUCCUGCCAAGAGGCGGAGACUUGGCUGCAGCCAGGACAAGCUGCCAGCCAGCUGUGUGCCAUCUGCCCAGCUCCCGCUGGGGGUGGGAAGACCAACCAGCCGCUUCCUGCAGCUGCCACCAGCUGCGCCCGGCCACCGCGGGGCACCCUCUGCCGGUCAAUAGGAGAGAGAACUACAGCUCAGCUCCCAGCUGACCGCGGGAGAUAAUGCCUUGUGCGCACGCGCUUGCUCAGAAGGCGCCGUUCGCCGGCUACCUGUUGGUUUGUACGAAGAGCAACCCUGUGCCCCGCGGAUAUAGACUGGCGCGCCUCUGUUGCGCAGGCGCAGAACUACAACUUCAGGGUUUUCCCCAACGGCAUGUUUUUGCACGUUAGGAGAAACUACAUUUCCCAUAAUCCUUUGUUCCAGGGCCGGAGCGCCUCUGGGCUCCGGAAUCGCCUGCAGCCGGUACUGCGGGACCCACUGCGGAUAUGGCUGUCUUGGCUGGAUCCCUGUUGGGCCCCACGAGUAGGUCGGCAGCGUUGCUGGGUGGCAGGUGGCUCCAGCCCCGGGCCUGGCUGGGGUUCCCAGACGCCUGGGGCCUCCCCACCCCGCAGCAGGCCCGGGGCAAGGCUCGCGGGAAUGAGUAUCAGCCGAGCAACAUCAAACGCAAGAACAAGCACGGCUGGGUCCGGCGUCUGAGCACGCCGGCCGGCGUGCAGGUCAUCCUUCGCCGAAUGCUCAAGGGCCGCAAGUCGCUGAGCCAUUGAGGAUCGCGACGCAGUCGGCGGGACCCCCAUGGAAGCAUCGCCCUCGCCUCGGACCUUGCCUGGCGCUAUUUUUGCAGGGAGCUGGGGAGCAGGAACGCCUCGGACCUGAGUGCUCUCCAUAUUGUGGGGUUGAAGUCUGGAUGGGAGCUUGCCACGUCCCUUUUUAGGCUUUUUAAUUAGGAAGCAUUUCGAACCUGCGCAACAGACCAAAGAACAGUACAACGAACAUCCGUGUACCCAGUACACAGCCCUGACUACCGACUACCUACAACCCGUCCCUGCCCCAUCCUGAGUUCUUUUGAAGCUGAUCUCAGGCAUCGGAUUAUUUCUUCUGUAAAUAUUUCAGAAUGUAUCUCUCCAAGAGGAGAGCUCAUUAAAAGAUAAUUACAAAGCUUAUCACAUCCAAAAGAAUUAUCAAUAAUUUUGAAAUAUUAUUAAACGUGUAAUAAAUGUUCAAAGUUC